AGAAGUAUGGCUAACAAUCAGACAAUGGUGAGAGAAUUCAUCUUGAUGGGAUUUUCUGUUGGACCUGACAUGCAAAUGUUCCUCUUUGGGCUCUUCUCUCUACUAUAUGCCUUCACCCUAAUGGGCAAUGGAGUAAUCUUAGGACUCAUCUCUCUGGAGGCCCGACUCCACACCCCCAUGUAUUUCUUCCUCUCACACUUGGCCCUUGUUGACAUUUCCUAUGCCUGUAACACUGUGCCCCAGAUGCUAGCAAAUCUACUGGAUCCUGUCAAACCCAUAUCAUAUGCAGGAUGCAUAACACAAACUUUUCUCUUUUUGACUUUUGCCCACACAGAAUGUCUUCUCCUAGUGGUAAUGUCUUAUGAUCGCUAUGUAGCAAUUUGCCACCCCCUCAGAUACACUGUUAUCAUGAGCUGGAAGGUGUGUAUCACUCUAGUAUUGAUCUCUUGGGCCCUUGGGUACAUUUUGGCCCUGAUCCAUUUAUUUUUAUUAUUGCCAUUGCCUUUCUGUGGUCCCCAGAAAGUCAACCACUUUUUUUGUGAAAUCUUAGCUAUUCUCAAACUUGCCUGUGCUGACACCCAUAUCAAUGAGAUCUUGGUCUUAUCUGGAGCUGCUUUUGUGUUGGUUGGACCCUUUUCCUCAAUUGUGAUCUCCUACAUGCGAAUCAUCUGGGUAGUCCUGCAUAGCCAGUCAAGAGAGGGGAGACAGAAAGCCUUUUCCACCUGCUCUUCCCAUCUCUGUGUAGUAGGACUCUUCUAUGGCACUGCCAUCAUUAUGUACAUUGGGCCCAAGCAUGGGAACCACAAAGAGCAGCAGAAAUAUCUCCUCCUAUUCCAUAGCCUAUUUAACCCCAUGCUGAACCCCCUUAUUUAUAGUCUGAGGAACAAUGAAGUAAAAGGAGCCCUGAAGAGAGUUUUGGGGACAGACAGACCAUCAUAG